ACUACACAUCCCCAGCUGCAUCUACUACCGUUGUGACAACACCGAGUGGAACCACACCUUCUACCUGUCACCUGGUCAGUUCCAAUGUAGCAGUGGUAUCUGCAUCAACGCUGGGCCUGGUGGUCAACUGUGUGAUGGCAUCAACGACUGUGGAGAUUAUUCUGAUGAAAAGGGAUGUGACCUUACCAACAUUUCCUCCAACGAGUCUGUCACUGACUUGAAAGAAUUACAUCCACCAACUGUAGUGGCAACCUAUGUGCCUCCAUAUGUUACAACACCCAACAUUUUGAAGCCAACAACUCCAAGCAUUCCAUAUAUAACAACACCUUAUGUACCAGAGGUGACCACUCCAUAUGUGCCAGCCGUGACAACACCUUAUGUCCCAGAGGUGACCACUCAAUAUGUGCCAGUAGUGACCACACCUUAUGUACCAGAGAUGACCACUCAAUAUGUGCCAGUAGUGACCACACCUUAUGUAGCAGAGGCGACCACUCCAUACGUGCAAGCAGUGACAACACCUUAUGUAUCAGGGGUGACCACUCCAUAUGUACCAGAGGUGACCACUCAAUAUGUGCCAGUAGUGACCACACCUUAUGUAGCAGAGGCGACCACUCCAUACGUGCCAGCAGUGACAACACCUUAUGUGACAACCCCAUAUGUCCCAGCGGUGACCACUCCCAAUGUCCCAGCGGUGACCACUCCAUAUGUGCCAGAGGUGACCACUCCAUAUGUGCCAGAGGUGACCACUACCUAUUUACCAGAGGUGACCACUCCCUAUCUACCAGAAGUGACCACUCCCUAUGUGCCAGAGGUGGACGACUCCCAAUGUCCCAGCGGUGACCACUCCAUAUGUGCCAGAGGUGACCACUCCAUAUGUGCCAGAGGUGACCACUCCCUAUCUACCACAGGUGACAACCCCAUAUGUCCCAGCGGUGACCACUCCCAUGUCCCAGCGGUGACCUCUCCAUAUGUGCCAAAGGUGACCACUCCAUAUGUGCCAGAGGUGACCACUACCUAUUUACCAGAGGUGACCACUCCCUAUCUGCCAGAGGUGACCACUCCCUAUCUGCAAGAAGUGACCACUCCCUAUGUGCCAGAGGUGACCACUCCAUAUGUGCCAGAGGUGACCACUCCAUAUGUGCCAGAGGUGACCACUCCCUAUCUACGACAGGUGACAACCCCAUAUGUCCCAGCGGUGACCACUCCCAAUGUCCCAGCGGUGACCACUCCAUAUGUGCCAAAGGUGACCACUCCAUAUGUGCCAGAGGUGACCACUACCUAUUUACCAGAGGUGACCACUCCCUAUCUGCCAGAGGUGACCACUCCCUAUCUGCAAGAAGUGACCACUCCCUAUGUGCCAGAGGUGACCACUCCAUAUGUGCCAGAGGUGACCACUCCAUAUGUGCCAGAGGUGACCACUCCCUAUCUACCACAGACCUCACCAACAUUUCCUCCAACGAAGUCUGUAACUGACUUGAAAGAAUUACAUCCACCAACUGUAGUGGCAACCUAUGUGCCUCCAUAUGUUACAACACCCAACAUUUUGAAGCCAACAACUCCAAGCAUUCCAUAUAUAACAACACCUUAUGUACCAGAGGUGACCACUCCAUAUGUGCCAGCCGUGACAACACCUUAUGUACCAGAGGUGACCACUCAAUAUGUGCCAGUAGUGACCACUACCUAUUUACCAGAGGUGACCACUCCCUAUCUACCAGAAGUGACCACUCCCUAUGUGCCAGAGGUGACGACUCCCAAUGUCCCAGCGGUGACCACUCCAUAUGUGCCAGAGGUGACCACUCCAUAUGUGCCAGAGGUGACCACUCCCUAUCUACCACAGGUGACAACCCCAUAUGUCCCAGCGGUGACCACUCCCAAUGUCCCAGCGGUGACCUCUCCAUAUGUGCCAAAGGUGACCACUCCAUAUGUGCCAGAGGUGACCACUACCUAUUUACCAGAGGUGACCACUCCCUAUCUGCCAGAGGUGACCACUCCCUAUCUGCAAGAAGUGACCACUCCCUAUGUGCCAGAGGUGACCACUCCAUAUGUGCCAGAGGUGACCACUCCAUAUGUGCCAGAGGUGACCACUCCCUAUCUACGACAGGUGACAACCCCAUAUGUCCCAGCGGUGACCACUCCCAAUGUCCAAGCGGUGACCACCCCAUAUGUGCCAAAGGUGACCACUCCAUAUGUGCCAGAGGUGACCACUCCAUAUGUGCCAGAGGUGACCACUCCCUAUCUACCACAGGUGACAACCCCAUAUGUCCCAGCGUGA